AUGCAGUACAGGAACCUGGGGAGGACGGGGCUGAAGGUGAGCCAGCUAUCGUACGGGGCGUGGGUGAGCUUCGGGAACCAGGUGGACGUGAAGGAAGCGAAGGGUCUACUGCAGUGCUGCCGCGACCAUGGCGUGAACUUCUUCGACAACGCGGAGGUGUACGCGAACGGGCGAGCGGAGGAGAUAAUGGGGCAGGCCUUCCGGGAGCUCGGGUGGCGGCGUUCCGAUCUGGUGGUUUCGACCAAGAUCUUCUGGGGCGGCAGCGGGCCCAACGACAAGGGCCUCUCGCGCAAGCACAUCGUGGAGGGCACCAAGGCCUCGCUAAAGCGCCUCGACAUGGACUAUGUUGACGUGCUCUACUGCCACCGCCCCGACGCCGCCACGCCCAUCGAGGAGACCGUCCGCGCCAUGAACUACGUCAUCGACAGCGGCUGGGCCUUCUACUGGGGCACCAGCGAGUGGUCCGCCCAGCAGAUCACCGAGGCCUGGGCUGUCGCCAACCGCCUCGAUCUCGUCGGCCCCGUCGUCGAGCAGCCCGAAUACAACCUCCUCUCCCGCCACAAGGCACUGACUCAUUUCCUCUCUUCCCUUUCAAAACAAAAAAUUAUAAUCCUAUAAGAGCCAGGGGGAUCCCAAAUGCACAAAUCGCAAAUGCGCUUGAUUAAUCCUUGCUGAAUCUAGGCUAGAAUAAUAAUGACAUCAUCACCUAUGUUUUUCGUAGAAUUGUGACUAAAAAUGGCGCGGAUUUUCUAUUUUCUGGGGCAUUCUUCCCUGAGUUUCCACGUAGAUGUAGAAUCAUCAUCAUCAUCAUCAUCUAUAGUUGUAGAACUGUGUCAAUGUUAUGAGUAUUAUGUGUUUGUUCAUUACUUUCGUUCUAUUUCAAGAAGGGGAAUUUUUAGGUUAAUGGGGGAUCACUAUUUACCUUUCUUCGAACCUUUCCACGUGGAUGCAGGUUGAGGUGGAGUACCUACCACUCUACAGCAACUACGGGAUAGGGCUGACGACGUGGAGCCCUCUAGCCUCUGGAGUGCUUACUGGGAAGUACAGCAAGGGGAACAUCCCUGCAGACAGCCGCCUUGCUCUGGAGAACUACAAGGUGGGGUCCUUCACUCUCCUUCGUUUCUCGUCGCUGCCAAGUGGAUCUCUCUGUACAGAUUCAGCUGGAAACGAUCCACAGAUUGCAAUAUUGAUUGUUCCCCGUCCUACUCCAUGUGAUCCUGAUAAUGUAUGAAAACCGGACAUUGCCAUAAAUGGUAGGCAGAUUCCCAGAAGAAUCAGUUGUUGGAGUUUUGAAUGCGCUAUGGAUAUCUUCAACCAAGAUGACAUGGCCCAGUCCGUUGAUGAUUUACCAAUAAUGAAUUUCACCAAUAGGUAUCUUCUGGUUUUUUAAAUUAUCAUUUAAGUGUCGUCAGAUCACACUGUGUGCAUCUCCUUUUACUUCAUGUGGGUACCUGGGAAUUCCCGUGCUUUCAAGCUCAUAAAAGUUUCCAGGUCUGGUUAGCUACUCCAGAUAGAUUUUUCAAUUGAUAGCCUGUUGAUUGUCGUGAUCGACUCCAAAUUUUCCUUUCCUUAUCUAAUACAUUGGGCAGAAUUCGCUUAAGUUAACUUUCAAAUUGGUUGAGGUCGUCUCUCAGCUGAGGCUGGUUUUUCUUGCAGAAUCUGGCGAGUAGAUCAUUGGUUGAUGAUGUGUUCAGAAAGGUCAAUGGUCUGAAGCCCAUUGCUGAUGAAUUGGGUGUGCCCUUGGCUCAACUUUCCAUUGCUUGGUGUGCAUUGAACCCUAACGUCUCAUCAGUCAUUACCGGUGCUACUAAGGAGAACCAGGUAGGAUCUUCGCUGUCAAAUCUGUCUAUUUUUCUUAUAUUGUUUAUGUUGAACUAUCUUUUACCAUUGAAAGAACUUUGGUCCAAUUAUAGAUCAUAGAGAAUAUGAAGGCAAUCAAUGUGAUUCCCCUCCUGACACCCGAUGUGAUUGAGAAGAUCGAGGCAGUUGUCCAGAGCAAGCCAAAGCGUGCAGAUUCUUACAGGUGA